UGCUCCUCCUCGGGUCGGGGCGGGCCCAAGAAAACCCGCCUCCCCAGUGCCGUCCUCUUCACGGCACCACAGGACAGCCAUGCCGGGCCGCCUGCUGCGCGGCCUCUGGCAGCGAUGGCGUCGUUACAAAUACCGCUUCGUACCCUGGAUCGCGCUGAACCUAAGCCACAACCCAAGGACCCUCCGAUACGUUCCAGAGGAAUCCAAAGACAAAGUUAUCUCAGAUGAAGAGGUCCUAGGAACAUUACUGAAAGUUUUCCAGGCUCUAUUCGUAAAUGAUUUCAAUAAACAAUCAGAUAUCUUGACUGUGUUUCCAGAACCUGUUAAAUCAAAAUAUCAAGACCUACUGUCAGUUCAGCAUCCAGGGGUGAAACAGCUUGAAUACAGACAUCAACAGCAAAAUACCUUUACACCAGAAGAAAUUCUUUAUAAGACAUUGGGUUUCAGUGUCACCCGAGCACCUAGCACAUUGAUUUCGGCUGGAAAAGGUGUCUUCGUUAACAAAGGAUUAGUACCAAAAGGCGCGGUUGUAUCUAUGUAUCCUGGUACAGUAUAUCAAAAGUACGAGCCAAUCUUUUUCCAGUCCAUUGGAAAUCCGUUUAUUUUUAGAUGCCUGGAUGGGGUACUCAUUGAUGGAAAUGACAAAGGAAUAUCAAAAGUCGUGUAUAGAUCUUGCAAUGGGAGGGAUCAACUUGGCCCUUUAAAAAUGAGUGAUAGUACAUGGCUAACGUCAGAAAUUCAUAAUCCACUGGCUGUAGGACAGUACGUCAACAAUUGUUCAAAUGACAGAGCAGCUAAUGUCUGUUAUCAGGAAUUUGAUGUGCCUGCAGUUUUCCCUAUAGAACUGAAGCAGUAUCUUCCAAACAUUGCGUACAGCUAUGACAAACAAAGUCCACUUCGAUGUGUCAUUCUUGUCGCACUCAGGGACAUCAAACAAGGAGAAGAGCUUUUUUCAAACUACUAUACAAUUGUCAGCUAACUGUAUGAAAUUAGGUUUUCUAUUCAGCUACUGAGUUAAUUCUAAAUGUUUUUGUUGUUUCUCUGAGUUCCACCUGCAGAGCAAAUAUUUUGAAACCUAAUUGGAGUGGGAACUUUUUAGUUUUUAUUGAUAUUUGUGUUUCAGUUCCAUCAUGAAAACUAUUUGCUUCAUUACAAUUUCAAAUUUGUAAUGCAAUUCCAGUGUUAAUUGGUUUUCACCUAAGUACACAGUAGUUUACUAAAUUAAAACCCACUGUCUGAACUUACAGUUUCAACUUUUCUUUUGUAUAUUUUGAUUAUCUCUGUGGCGGUUUAUCGAAUUUUAGCCAAGUCAUCAGCAAUUCUUGUACUAUUGAUGUGUACUAACUUCCAUAAAGACUUAAUUUUUCCAGAAUAUUCUAAAACCAAAAAUAUUUGUUGUGUUGUCAUGAGUUAAUUGGGGUGUGUUUGUGUGUGUGUGAUUUAAAGAUUGUUUUAGGGACUUCCCUGGUGGCACAUUGGUUAAGAAUCUGCCUGCCAGUGCAGGGGACAUGGGUUUGAGCUCUGGUCUGGGAAGAUCCCACAUGCCGUGGAACAACUAAGCCCGUGAGCCACAACUACUGAACCUGUGCUCUAGAGCCCGUGUGCCACAACUACUGAGCCCACGUGCCACAACUACUGAAGCCCGUGCACCUAGAGCCCAUGCUCCACAACAAGAGAAGCCACCACAAUGAGAAGCCCGUGCACUGCAAUGAAGAGUAGCCCCGGCUCGCUGCAACUAGAGAAAGCCCAUGUGCAGCAACAAAGACCCAACACAGCCAAAAAUAAAUAAAAUAAAUUUAUUUUUAAAAAAA